GUUGAAAACCUCGGCAGCCCCCUCCUCUGCGGGCGCAUCGUGCAAUUUUCAGCUCCCUCAUGGAAGCCCCAGCUGGGCGGAUGGAUCGAGCAGAUGAUCAAGAAGAACAAGCACAUGCAGAUGCCGAGGUACAUGGCGGGGGUCGAGGACAUGCCGCAUGACGAGGUAGAGCACUGCCUCGACCUCCUCGUCGACUUCGCCAGGGACCUUGUCUACUCCGACAUCGCUGAUCUCGAGCCCAACCAUCUUCGGUUCCGACUGGAGGACGGGCUGUUCGGAGUCGCAGGGCAGUGCAGGAGGCUGGAGAAGCUGGACUCUGGAGCCCUUCCCGACACUUUUGUGGUGGCGACGAUGCAGAACAAGGCGGUUUUCACCUCUAAAGUGUCGGCGAAGAGCCUCUCGCCAGUGUGGGACGAGAAGUUCCUGCUGCGAUCGAGCGCCGAUGCGGAGCUGACGUUUGAGUUGUACACCUACAACAUGUCGAACGAGCAUGAAGUGAUCGGAAGGUCAAGAUUGACAUGCGAAAACCUCAACAACAUCCUUCGAGAAUGUGGUGUAACGAUGCUGAACGGCUCCUUGACCAAGAACUUUCCUCUGUACGCUCCCGAAAGAGCUGCCAAGAACAAGCAGGCGAGAGAGGAGAAGAGGCUGGUAGGGAGCGACGGCAUCGGGGCGUUCCUAACGCUUCAGUUUCGAUAUCAUGUUAAGGAGAUCAACGAUCUUCAGGCGACUCAAGGUCUUCUUUACUGA